UUGAGGACAUCUUAGAAAACAGACCCUAUUUAAAUCAUAAUUACAAGUGAUUGUUUGAUCUACAACUUUCUAAAAAGAAUUCAAUUAAUAUUUACAACUGAAACAUUUCACAAAACUCUCACUAAGAAAUUUAGAGCCAAACAAAAAGAAAAUGAGGGGUCAAGAGUUAAAUGAGCUGAGGAUUAUUCUGGUGGGUAAAACUGGAGCAGGAAAGAGUGCAACAGGAAACACCAUUCUGGGCAGUGAGUAUUUUAAGAAAGCAAACUCACCAAUUUCAGCCACAAAGACAUGUGAGGAGCAAAGAGCAAAUGUGGCUGGAAUGCUCAUCUCAAUAAUCGACACUCCAGGACUGUUUGAUACAAACAUGUCAGGAGAAAAGCUGAAGGCAGAAAUCUCAAGGUGCAUAGAAAUGUCCGUUCCUGGUCCUCACGCCUUUCUGCUUGUGCUCAGGCUGGAUGUCAGAUUCACAGAGGAGGAGAGGAACACUGUGAGAUGGAUUCAGGAGAACUUUGGUGAAGAUGCUGCACGUUACACCGUCAUUGUGUUUACUCAUGCAGAUACACUUAAUGUAAAACUCGACGAAUAUAUUGAACAAAGCAAUGAUCUACAAUCAUUGAUCAACAGCUGUGAUCGCAGAUAUCACUCACUGAACAAUGAUGCCACAAACAAUCGCUCGCAGGUCAAAGAACUGCUGGAGAAGAUUGAAAAAAUGGUAAAGGAAAAUGGAGGACAAAAUUACACCAAUGAGAUGUACAAGAACGCACAACUAAGGAUACAAGAAGAAGAAAGAAAGAGAGAGGAAGAGAAGAGGAGAGCAGAGGAAGAAAAGGAGAGAAAAUGGAAAGAAGAAGUUGAGAGGAAACUAAGAGAAGAACAGCGAAUAAAAGAGGAGAACAGAAUGAGAGAGGAACUGAUAAAGAGAUCAGAACAGAGAAGAGAGCCAACAAUAAGAGACGAUUUAAGGAAUAGAGCCUUAAGAGUGGGAGCAGGAGUGGGAACAGUUGGAAUAGUUGUUGGUGGUAUAGUGCUUGGAGCAACAACAGCAGUGACUGCACCUGUAGCAGGUGUUCUGGGUGGAUCAGCUCUGCUAAUCGGAUGUCUUUUAUCAAUGAUCAGUAGAAAUCUCAAUUGAAACAAAGAAAAUUAGAAAUCAAGGAUUUUAUUUGUAAUAAAUAUUGUUAAAUGUAAUAAAAACAACCAUCUGAAAUGUUAUGGUCUAUAGGUGCUUUGCUGUUGAAAUCUGUAUUAUUGUGAUUUUAUAAGGUUAUAUUUUUAAUAGUCUAAAACUUUAUUAGUAUUAAAAUGUAUAAAGCAAUCAUUUAAUUGUAAUGAAAAUUAUAAAAUGUAAUAAAAAAUGUCAUCCUUCAGAUGGAUCCUUCACAGAUUUGGCUAUCCCAAGUUUCAAUGCGCACGUGUGACGUCUGGGUAUUUCGACUAUUCAGAACUGUAGUUAAAUAAAAGUGCAUAUUUAGCAAGUUAAAGGUCAUUGU